AUGAAUCUUCUCAUCGAACAACGUCCAACAACAAUAACGUCAACAAAAUCCCAACAACAACAAUCUCAAAUAUCAAAUGAAAAUGACAUGAACAAUAGUUCAUCACCAUCUUCUCCGCUCGUACUUAAAAUCAAGCGGCAUACUACAAAACAACAACAAAACGAUCUUAGUUCUACUUCAUCACAUAUGUCUGAAGAAGAUAAUAAUAAUUCUCAUUCGACAAAUAUUCAACGUUUAAAACGUACCUCAUUACCCAAUACAACAGCAACACGUCGUCCGUCGUCACCUGCAUUUAAUGGUAAACAACAACAAGCAACAAAACGUUCUGUAACAAUUGAUAAUAAUAAUAAUGAUUUAACGUCAAAUAUUGAUGAUAUUUCUGCAUCAAAACGAUUUAAACGAGAUGAUUUAAAUCACUCAUCGUCUUCAACCAAAGUAGAUGCCUGUGUUGAAACAGUCUCUGUUGGUUUGGCAACUGAACCUGAUCAUCUUGGUCCCUGUGAGCCCGGUACAAGCGUCGUUUUAGAAGGCAUCGUUUGGAAUGAAACCGACAGCGGUGUACUCGUCGUUAAUGUCACAUGGCGAGGUAAAACUUAUGUCGGUACAUUACUUGAUUCAACAAAACAAGAUUGGGCUUGUCCAAGAUUAACAUGUGAAUCACCAACGAGUGAUUAUGAUGCUCGAAGUACUAAUAAAACUAGUCGAUCAAAACGUACUGGUGCCGGUGGAAAUAAUCGAUGUUCAAAUCAACAUGCAGUAUCUUUAUGUCAACAAAUAGCAUCGAAUACUCUAACAAUCGGAAUAGAUGAUCGUAAACUUCGUAAUAAUAUUAAAUCUAGACAAUCGAAACGUUUAAAUAAUCUUUCAACAACAAUAACGGAAGAAACAACGAAUAAUUCGUCACCAUUAACAUCACCAUUUCGAGCAAAUAAUCCAACAUUUUUUUCUACUGAAACAUCAUCAUCAUCAUCAACAACAACAACAACCACCACAGCAACAGCAACAACAACAACAACUACUAGUGAACCUCAAUUAAUCUCAUGUUCAGAACCUCAAUGUCAUAAACGUUUUGCUUCAAAUAUUGCACUUAAUUAUCAUUUAAGUGACGCACAUAAAAAACCUGAAACAACAUCAAUUAUUCCACAAGCUAAUACACGUGAUGAAGAAGAUGUUGCACAUAUUCUUGCUAAUGUUGCUGAUUAUGUACGUCGUACUUCUCCACCUUCAUCUAUACGUUGUUCACCUGAACAUCAUCGACAAGCAAUUCCAUCACCAGCUAUUGUUAAUUCUCCACCAUCAAAUAUAAAAACAUUAGAAAAUUGUUCGCCAUCAACAUUAACAUGGCCAUGUCCACAAAUAUCAUCAAAACUUGUUUUAUCAUCACCAUUAAAUCAUACUGAACGAACUCUAUCACCAAAUUCUACAAGGUGUAAAUUAAACAAUACUGAAAUGAAUAUUCUCGAGAAUAAAAAUAAUAUCGAUCAAGAUGAAGUAAAAUCUUCAGUGAAACCAGCUGAUCAUUUUCUAUUACAUAUCCAAGAUGAACCAACUAUUAAAAAUAACUCAUUAACAACAUCUUUUCUCGAUUCAAAUAUAAAAAAAGAUCGAAAUAAUAAUAAAAAACGUUCAAAGAUUCCAACACCUCCUCCUCCACCGCCUCCACCACCGACUUCAUCUUCACCAGCAUAUUCUGAUAUAUCUGAUGAAGAACCAACACCAAAUGAACAACCACUUCCACCGUCAACUAUUAAUCUCUUAACAGCAACAAAUGGAAAAAUUGAUGAAAAUGGAAAUAAUCUACAUUCUUCAUCAUCGUCAUCAUCAUCUUCAUUUCUAACUAAUUCAGAUAUAUCAAAUCCUACAUGGCCAACACAAAUGCUCUUCCAACAAUUCAGUCCAUUUAUACCACAACAAACAUUGACUACAACAGCAGUAUCGAACAAUAAAGAUAUAUCAACUACACCAACUCGUUUGAACAGUAAUAAUACUUGUCCAUCAUCUAAUGGUACCAGUGACUCAACUGUAAAAAAUAUUCUUGAUGCACGUCGUUCCUCAACAACGAAAUCAUCAUCAUCUUCUUCCUCCCCUCCACUACCUUCAACAAAUCUAUAUCAUUAUCAAACAAAUGAAACAAAAUUUCCAACACCUAUUAUAAAUACUUUGACAUCACCGAAUGAAAAUCUACUUCAUCUAUCAUCAUCAUCAACAACACCAACAACUAUAAAACCAAUGGAUAUACUUGAUUAUUCAUUAAAUAAUAAUAGUCGGACAACAAAUGGUGGACAAUAUCAUCAUUCAUCUUCAUUACAUCCGUCUCGGUGA